AAGCUGCCUGCCUGGCUAAAUACUGGAGCUAUGUCGAAAAUUCAUUUCUCCAUCACUCACAUGUAUGAAAUUACAUAUGGAAACAGACCCCAGGUUGAAAAAAAAAACCGAAGUUCCCCUUUAAGGCACAGUGAUGGAGCUUUUAUUGUGGAGGGGCCGCUGUGGAAUAUGCCGACUGUAAAAUGUUACGCUACCUUCGAGCGGAGACACUAGCGGAGCUGUGAUUUCUCAGAGCCAGACUGUACAGAGAAACAAUGAGGUGACACAAAAAGAAGGUAAGCAAAGUGUUCUCAUGUAACAAACCAGUAUUUGAAAAGUGAUAACGGGCCACAUGAUGACCUGCAUGAACCAUCAUGUACAAGAAACGUGCAGCCUAUGCGAACAAUACGCACAUCAGUGGAGGAGAGUGAAAUGAAGUUGUGUAACUACGCCUAAAAAUGAUAUUCCUCCAGCCAUUUGAUGUAAAAGCCUUAAUCUGUACAUAUUUGUUUCACUUCAGAGGGAUUUUCACCUUGGACUUAUGGCCACAGUCAUGUUGUGGAACUGCACAAGUCAUGCCUUUCUUGGAAUUCAUAGCUGGAAGCAUUUCAGGUGCUGUUGGACUUGCAGUUGGACAUCCUUUAGAUACUGUGAAGGUGCGCCUGCAAGCCCAGUCUGUGUAUAAAGGGAUAUUUCACUGUGUGGCUAAAACUUAUGCCCAUGAAGGGCUCAAUGGAUUCUUCAAGGGCAUGGCAUUUCCGGUGCUGACCACCGGCAUCACCAACUCCGUUGUAUUUGGCUCUUACAGCAAUGCUUUAGAUUACCUCACUCAAUCUCCACGUAGCGACCGCAGUCAAGGCAAGCCGGCCUCCGCUGCACAGGUCUUCUCUGCCGGCUGCUUCUCAGGACUGGUGCAGGUGCUGGUUUGUGCACCCAUUGACCUGGUGAAGGUGCGUCUGCAGGGUCAAACAACCACUGACCGUUACCGUGGACCCAUCCACUGUGUUGCUGUCAUCCUGAAGGAGGAGGGUCCCCGGGGUCUGUUCAGAGGAGGGCUGGCCCUCGCUCUGAGAGACGUGCCCUGCUAUGGACUCUACUUCCUGCCUUACGAAGUGACUCGUAACGCUCUGAGUGAAAGCAGCCAAGAGCCAGGGAGUUUUGCAAUACUGAUGGCGGGUGGUGUGGCCGGUGUGGUGACCUGGGCCUGUGCCACACCCAUGGACGUUGUGAAAGCUCGGCUCCAGAUGUCGGGUGCCGGCGGCCGGCUGUACAGCGGGGUCCUCCACUGCAUGAGAGUGAGCGUCAGGGAGGAGGGAGUGAGGGUCUUUUUCAAAGGGCUCCUCUUGAACUGUCUGAGAGCCUUCCCUGUCAAUGCUGUCACAUUCCUCAGCUACGAGAGUCUCAUGAAGAUUUUCUGUCCCCCAGCAAAACCAACUCAUUCUUGAGUGUGAAUAGAUGCAAAAUGAAAUGACCUUUUGUGGAGAUUUAUAAUACAAUUUCACUGUGGGUUGGUCAUUUUGUUUUCCGCUGAAAUGGUGAUUUAAGAUGAUGAGCACUGAAAUACUGUUUGAAGUCUUCAUGGAAUAGGUCAACUCUCAUGUUGCUAAUGUCAGAAACAGGGACACUUUGAAGGUGACAUAGUUUGCCUUUAGUUCAGUGUCCUGUGACUUAAACAGCUUUGAUUGAAGAUAUCCAUGUUAAGCUGUUUACUAGAAAUCACAUCCACUAUACUUGACAAAAUAAGAAUGUACAUGAUUACAUUUGCUGCACAUAAAACACAAACAUUUACCUGUUUUUUACUGAAGGGAAUUAAAGUACAGUAAAGGAUUUUCUUAAUAAACAAUUCAAAAUUUGUUUGCAUUGUUGAGGACAGUUGAUUUUAUGUAAAUCUUGACCGUCAGAUAAAUAAAUGGUAGGUGGAAGAGAA